CCCUAGACGGAGACAAUUGUGAUUUUUUUGGUCGGAAAACAAUAGCGAAAUCGAAUUAUGUGGAAAACUUGUUCCCAAAUCGGGAUUUUGUUAGGGUUUCAAAUGGCGUAGAUGAGACUCGUGCAUUCAUCCAUGAUUCGUGUUCGUGAUCUCCAUGAUCUGUUGGAUGAAUCGAAUGUUUCUUGGUACAUCAUUUGAGGUAAGUAUGCGAAGUGCUCUCAUUUCGUGGUUAAUUUUUCUGGCAUUAUGAAAUGAAAUUCGCCCAGUACCCAGGAGAUUGGCGUGAUCUUAGUUACUGGGCUAGUCGAGGAAUGAUUUAUUUUCGUCGGUUUGGUGUAACAGAUCUGAAGAACGUGAAAAGGCAUGUGUGAUGGAAUGUGAAAUUUGGGAGAUUUUUGUCUGGGUGUCCCUUCUGUGGAUUGUUGAUGGAAAAUAGAUCAGAGAAUUCCUAUGGGAGUCUGAUCCCCAAAAAAUCGAGAACUUUGGAUCUUAAAAGUUUGUAUAAAUCAAAAGAGACGAAGGAGACUCUAAACAAGAACUUAAAGAGGAAGGGUAUUACUCCCAGGGUUGAUGAUGAGAAGAGGAACGAGAAGAAGAAGUCUAGGAAGGAAGUGUCUUUAAGGAGCUUAGAAAAUGCUGACAGUGGGGCCAAAAAGAUUGUUGAUGAACAACGUCAAGUAGAGCAAAGUUCAGGUAAACAGGAUUUGCGUGAACUGAAGUUCGGGCUGAGUCAGAGAUUGUGUGACACUAGUGAUUUAAAUAGAGUUUCACUUAGUCUAGAUGAUGCUGCCGUUCAUAUUCCAAAGCGAAAAAGGGGUUUUGUGGGGAGGAAGAAAUUUGCAGUUAGUCAAGGACCGAUUCUGGUAGGGCAGAAUGACUGUAAAAGUGGUCAUGGUGAUCUGAUGACUAAUCUAAGUGCUGAUGACUUGGAUGGGAGGACCGAAUCACCUCCAAACAGAAAGAGGAAUUUUGAUGAAUCUAAGGAAAACAGGAGUAGUGAUUUGAAUUUAGUUAAGAAUUUCAAGGAGAACGAAGACCCUGCCUGUUGUUCUGUUGUAAAUAAUGGUGAUGAUUCUUUGAAGAGGUCAAGGAGGGAGCAAGACGUUUUAAUUCUCGAUAAUACGUGCCUUUCCAAGCAGGCUGAUGCUUCAGUCAAUAUUAGUAAAAUAUCUGAUGAACUACAGGAAGAUGAGGAGGAGAAUCUCGAGGAGAAUGCAGCAAGGAUGCUAUCUUCAAGAUUUGAUCCCAGUUGUACAGGGUUUUCCUCUGGUAGCAAGUCUUCCACUUUACCAGCAGCAAAUGGUUUACCCUUUUCGCUAUCUUCUGAUCAAAAUCAUGUUUUUCAUGAGGUGAAGUCUUUGUCAGAUGCUGAAUUGGGAUCUGCUGAUACUGCUUCUAGGGUCUUGAGGCCAAGGAAUCAACAUAAAGAAAAAGGUAACUCUAGGAAGAGGCGCCAUUUUUAUGAAAUUUUCUUGGGUGAUUUGGAUGCAUAUUGGGUAUUGAACCGGAGAAUUAAGGUUUUUUGGCCUCUAGAUCAAAGCUGGUAUGAUGGACUUAUCAAUGACUAUGACAAAGAAAAAAUGCUUCACCAUAUCAAAUAUGAUGAUCGUGAUGAAGAAUGGAUUGAUCUUCAAACUGAAAGGUUCAAACUCCUGUUACUUCCCAGUGAAGUGCCAAGAAAGGUUGUGGGAAAAAGAGCUGUAAUGAGAAGCAAAAGAUCUGACGAGCAAAGGAGAAGCAAGCCUAGACAAGAAAGACGAAGAGAACUGACUACAAAGAAUGACAACUGUGAUGGAAACUGUAUGGAUUCUGAGCCUAUAAUUUCUUGGCUGGCUCGAACUUCUCGUCGGGUUAAAUCCUCUUUCCAUGGCAUGAAGAAACAGAAAAAUUCUGCUACAGUUUUGAAUUCAGCCCCAACCUUGUAUGAGGAACCUGCUGGAGUACAGGGAUGUUCAGAGAAGAGUUUCUGGGAAGGUGGUGGAAGUAACCUUCCCAGCGAUUCCGUAUUGCAAGAUAAAUUAGGUAAUAGCUAUAGUGAGAAUUCCUCAUUGCCUAGGGCUGCUUGCCCUAAAGAUGGCAAGACACCUAUUGUAUACUUUAGAAGGCGAUUUCGCAGGUCCCCUCCUAUGUGUCCUGUGUCUGAAGAGAAAAAAGUUACAGUAAUCGCACCUGGUUCCAGUUACUUUAACCCUGUUUUUGGCCGGGCUGGUGAAGUAAAAGAAGCAGAUGAUAGGAGCUUUGAGAUUGAUGGGCCUUUGCAGUUCACUUACAGUGCAGGGGUAUUGAAAAUAUGUUUUCUUGACACACAGUCAGCAGCAUUCAAAUUUGACUUUAACUUUCCAGUGCAUUUGGUGAUAAACAGCUCAUUUGAAUGGCAAAAUUUGCAGUUACUUCAUACUGCAGUGCUGCUGCAGCAUGGUACUCUGAUGGUGAAGUGGCCAAGAGUUCAUCUGGAGAUGCUUUUUGUGGAUAAUGUGGUUGGGUUGAGAUUUCUGUUAUUUGAAGGUUGCUUGAAGAUGGCCGCAUCCUUUGUCUUUCUGGUCCUUAGGGUAUUUCAUCAACCUGCUGACCAAGGGAUGUAUUUGGACUUGCAGUUGCCAGUUACAUCUAUAAGAUUCAAGUUUUCAUGUUUAUACGACUUAAAGAAGCAGCUUGUGUUUGCAUUUUAUAACUUCUCCAGAGUGAAGAAUUCAAAUGGAUGUACCUAGAUUCUAAACUCAAGAGUCGUUGUCUGCUCAGUAAGCAGCUCCAUAUCUCCGAAUGCACAUUUGAUAAUGUCCAGGCCCUUCAAAAUGGAUCAAGCCGGUUCUCUAUUACUUCUACUGGCAAGUCAUCCUCAUUCAAGGUCAUGCAGAAGAGAACUAGGCAAGGAAUUAAUAUGAUGGGUAUUUCUAAAGAGUCCACCAAAGUCCGUGCUAAUCACUGUUUUGAUUCUGCCAAUCAGAAGCUUCCUCCAUUUGCUCUUUCUUUUGCUGCUGCGCCUACAUUUUUUAUUAGUUUGCACCUUAAGCUGCUGAUGGAGCGAUCUGUAGCUCAUCUAAGCUUUUGUGAUCACAUGCCACUUGCUGAUCAAGAAAGCUCUGGUCUCAUGACGGAUGGCUGCUGUGGCCUUGA